AUGAAUCAGGCGGAGGUGAUCGGAACACCGGCGGCGGCGUCGACGGUGGAGAGUGGAUCAGUGGAAGCUGUGAAUUUGAAAUCGGAGUGUUGUACAUUCCGCCGGCGUUCUCUCCGGUUAUCAACCUCGCCUUUCCCAACUCUCAGAUCCGUCAGGGAUUGGAGUGUGUGGGGGGGAAGAAAAAAAACUGAUCUUGGAUGUGCAAAUGAGCAUUUAUCAGAGAUGUUAUUUGCAGCAGAAGGAGGAGGAUUCUUCUCUUCAUCAGCUUCUGGUUAUAGCAACGGUUUAGCACUUCUUCUGUUAGGCCAAAAGAGUGAACAAAAGCCUAUAAGAUGGAACCAUUACCAUUUGGUUGUUGAAGAAACUGAUACCAAAUCUCAGCCUAAGAAUUGGCUCUCAUGUCGAUGCUCCUCGCUUACAUGUUUUGGUCGCCGCAAAUCCGAAACAACGGAGGAUGAUCCGUCUCCUCCUAUCCGAGUCAAUCCUGAGGGGAAGAAGGAUGAUGAUAAUGCACCACCACCACCGAGUGUUGACUAUAACUGUGAAGUGAGUACCAAUAGGUUUGCACUCAAGAGCAGCCUAAAGAAGAGAUCUUUUAGCGAUGCUGUUCUUGCUGAUGGUGAUGAUGAUCAUCGUGUGAGUAGAGAUGGCGUGUUGGAACAUGUGGAUAGAAGGAAAGUUCAGUGGCCUGACACUUGUGGUAUUGAGAUUGCUGAGGUCAGAGAAUUUGAGCCCAGUGAAGUGGAUGAAUCGGACGAUGAGUUUCAUCAUGGAAGUGGCAAAAGCUGUAUGUGCACAAUCAUGUGA